AUGCCCAAACGAAAGGCGCCUUCUAAGAUCUCUGGCCUUUUGGGCUCAGAUGAUGAAGAUCUCAUGCAGGUCAAGCAAACCGAAGCCCAAGAAAUACACGACGAGCCUCCCGCCAAAAAGCGCAGAGGCAGACCGCGUACUUCACAUGAAAAUGUGACCGCCGAACCCAAGCCCAAGCCCAAGCCCAAACCAGCAACACGAGCAAAGAAACAGAAAGAAGUAGUUGAAGCUACAGAAGAAGCCCCCGCUCCAAAGAAAAGAGGCCGGCCAAGAGGAGGCAGUCGCGUGUCGCAGUCGCAAGAUCCCGAACCAAAGAACCAGACAGCUGCCACCGAAGAAAUGCAGAUGGACGAUCAUACUCAAGACCAGGAAAACGAAGAUCCCCAGCACUCGCAAAAGACCAAUGCCACAAAGCCAGCACCCGCCCAUCGCGGACGAGCUGCAGCCAACGCGAAGGAGCUUCAAACAGACAAUGGAUUCGAGUACACUCCACGCGCCAAUCAGAAAGCUAGUGCUCUAGAAGAGCCUGAAGAGCAUCCCUCACUCAGUCCUCAUCCUCGGGCGAAAGGGCGAAGAGCGGGGCCUGAAGUAGAGGAAACACAGCAAGCCGAUGAACCUCCCGCAGAACUUGUAGAUGAGACAAUCCUUCCCAGUGAACCGGCCUCGAGUCGCUACAUCACAUCACCUGUGAAGAAUGCUCGCGCCCGAGCGUCCCUUCUGCGCCACCCACCAGAUUCUUCUCCUCGGAAGCGCAAGCUAGGUGAAAUUGAACAGAACGGCGAUCCAGAGUUAAGGCGUAGGCUUGGUGAACUCAACAAAAAGCACGAUGCAUUGGAAGCCAAGUAUCGGAACCUUCGGGAGAUUGGAAUUGUCGAGGCCAAUGCCAAUAUGGACAAAUUGCGGAGACAGAGUGAGAUUAUCACUACAGCUUCGAACGAUUUGGUUGCCUCGCUCAGAGCAGAGCUGCAAGUCCAGCGCAAGCUAGGGCAGCAGAGCCGUGGAUUACAGAAGCAACUCAGUGACCGUGAUGCCGAGAUGGCCACACUCAAGUCUCAAGCUGGUGAGGCGCAAGCUCAACUCGCCUCUGCCCAAACCGAGGUCAAGGCCCUACAGACCAAGCUUGCUGCGGCGCGCAACACAGCUGCCAGUAUUGAGGGAGCUGCCAAGGUACCCGGCAGUGCCAUCAAGGGUGGCCCAGCCAACCGUGCCAAUGCAGCAGCCAGCGCUGAAGCCGCGCAAGCUGCACAGCUGGCACAGCUAAAGGAAGAUCUGUACAGUGACCUAACCGGAUUGAUCGUUCGCGAUGUCAAGACCACGGAUACAGAUCAUGUGUAUGAUUGCAUCCAGACCGGAAUCAAUGGAACUCUUCAUUUCCACUUGGCCAUCCCCAAGACAUCAACUAACUACGACAAUACCGAGAUCCAGUACCUGCCUCUCUUGGAUGCCAACCGGGAUCGCGACUUGGUGAACAUGCUGCCGAACUUCUUGGUGGAGGAUAUUACCUUCAGUCGUGGACAGGCGGCCAAGUUCUAUACGCGGGUAAUCGAUGCCUUGACAAAACGCCGCUCUCUUCCAGCUCAGUAG